UUACGUAAGCCGCGUAUAGUUUUAUCAACGCCGACGGAAAUAAAAGUCCGUAGUAGCCGACUGCCGACAGUUCGAUAGGUCGCGGCAAGGGAAGCAGUCGAUCAGUAGGAGAGCGAGGUGUGCGUGAUUUGUUUAUAGACGACGACGACAGCGUGCAGACGGUAAAAUGUACCAUCUCAAGUCGACCGCGCUGAGGGGUAUUGCACCCUUGCUACGCACCGUACCAACGGCAGCUAGCCGCGUACCUACGCAACAGCAGCACCAGCCACAGCGUAGUUACGCUGACCAUGUAAUCCCAGACCGGCUGAAGGAUGUGCCCACCAGCCCCAAUCCACGUUUCUUCGACAUGGUCGAGUACUUCUUCCACCGCGCAUGCAUGCUCGUCGAGGACAAGCUCGUCGACGAUCUCGCCAACGUAAAGGGCUCCCGCUUGACGCUCGCUCAGCGCAAAGCGAAAGUCAAGGGUAUUCUCACGUUGAUGGAGCAGUGCGAUUACAUCAUCGAGAUCGCUUUCCCGAUUCGUCGCGACAACGGCGAAUAUGAAAUCAUCAAGGGCUACCGAGCGCAGCACAGCAGUCACAAGUUGCCCUGCAAGGGAGGUAUCCGUUACUCGUUGGACGUGACCCGUGAUGAAGUCAAAGCCUUGUCGGCUCUUAUGACCUUCAAGUGCGCCUGCGUGGAUGUACCCUUCGGCGGUGGUAAGGCCGGUAUUAAGAUCAACCCAAAGAAAUACUCCGAGCAUGAACUGGAGAAGAUUACUCGUCGUUUCGCACUGGAGCUCGCGAAGAAGGGCUUCAUUGGACCCGGUAUUGAUGUGCCCGCCCCUGACAUGGGUACCGGCGAGCGUGAAAUGUCCUGGAUUGCUGACACAUACGGCAAGACCAUCGGUUAUAACGAUAUUAACUCACACGCUUGCGUUACCGGCAAGCCCAUUAACCAGGGUGGUAUCCACGGUCGUGUGUCCGCCACUGGUCGCGGUGUCUUCCACGGGCUUGAUAACUUCAUCAAGGAUAAGGCAUACACAGACAUGAUUGGUACCACUCCCGGCUGGGAAGGCAAGACUUUCAUUAUUCAGGGUUUCGGUAAUGUCGGUCUGCACACCAUGCGUUACUUCCACCGUGCUGGUGGCAAAUGCAUUGGUAUCAUUGAACAUGAUGGUUCCAUCUACAACCCCAAUGGUAUUGACCCCAAGGAGUUGGAAGACCACCGCUUCGCAGCCGGUACCAUCAAUGGUUUCCCCGGUGCCAAGCAAGUUGAAGGUGAUGCGCUUAUGUUUGAGAAGUGCGAUAUCUUUGUGCCGGCCGCUGUUGAGCAGGUUAUCAACAAGGGCAACGCACAUAAGAUCCAAGCUAAAAUCAUCUGUGAGGCUGCUAAUGGACCAACUACACCCGCUGCUGACAAAAUUCUCAUCGAUAGGAACAUUAUGGUUAUUCCUGACUUAUACAUCAACGCUGGUGGUGUGACUGUAUCCUUCUUCGAAUGGUUGAAGAACUUGAACCACGUCUCCUAUGGUAGAUUGACCUUCAAGUAUGAGCGUGAAUCCAACUAUCACCUUCUUGAAUCCGUACAGGAAUCACUUGAACGCCGUUUUGGUAAGGAAGGCGGCCAGAUUCCAGUCACCCCGUCCGACUCCUUCCAGAAGCGUAUCGCUGGUGCGUCCGAAAAGGACAUCGUGCACUCCGGUCUUGACUACACCAUGGAGCGCUCCGCUAAGGCAAUCAUGCGCACCGCGCAAAAGUUCAACCUCGGACUCGACCUGAGGACCGCCGCGUACAUCAACUCGAUCGAGAAGAUCGCCAACACGAUGUCCGACGCCGGUCUCACCUUCUAAGCGUUUACUCAGAAUAUUAUGUGUGGACUCGACACGCUCGUUAUACUCUUCGUCGGCACGCCGUCUCAACGGCAAAAUCUUUAUUUCUGCAUUCAUUGUUUGCGUUUAUUCAACUUUUUAAAACAGUAUUUAAGACCACAACAUUACUCUAUAUGAAAUCAUGCUGAUACUUUACACCAAUUGAUAUUUGUUGUUGAUCAUAAUCUAAUGUUAAUAAACAUUCGUUAUUUUAAAA